UUACUGGCAGAGGAAAAAAAAAGCAGAGAAAGAAAUGAACGUGCGCGAAAAAAGUCCUGCGUCUUGACGGAUGCGCUGAAAAGUUCAGAAAGUUUUUCCAAUGCGCGCUUCGGCGAACAGAAAGAGAGUGAAAGAGUGAGGAAAAACGUGAAAGAGAGAGAAACCGAGUUGGCUUCGGAGACAUUUCCAAGGCCCUGGACGACAUUUCGUGGACUUUCUUUUUUUUUUUGUUUCCUCUUUUUAAUCGGACAAGGGAUUUUAGGAUUUGACGUGGAUUUGCGGCGUGGUGGUGCUUUUUUUUUCGCGCUCGUCGGAGGAAUAAAUCAGCCAGGAUGCAGGCGCGCUACUCGGUGUCCAGCCCCAACUCCCUGGGCGUUGUGCCGUACAUUAGCGGCGAGCAGAGCUACUACCGCGCGGCGGCGGCGGCCGGCGGCGGCUACGCCGGUAUGGCUGCACCCAUGAGCGUGUACUCGCACGCCGCGCACGAGCAAUACCCAGGCGGCAUGGCGCGUGCCUACGGGCCGUACGCGCCCCAGCCACAACCCAAGGACAUGGUCAAGCCGCCGUACAGCUACAUCGCGCUCAUCACCAUGGCCAUCCAGAACUCCCCGGAUAAGAAGAUCACCCUGAACGGGAUCUAUCAGUUCAUCAUGGAGCGCUUCCCGUUCUACCGAGACAACAAGCAGGGCUGGCAGAACAGCAUUCGCCACAACCUGUCGCUCAACGAGUGCUUCGUCAAGGUGCCCCGCGACGACAAGAAGCCUGGCAAGGGCAGCUACUGGACGCUCGACCCGGACUCGUACAACAUGUUCGAGAACGGCAGCUUCCUGCGACGGCGGCGGCGCUUCAAGAAGAAGGACGUACUGAAGGAGAAGGAGGACCGACAGAUCAAGGAGACCACGUCCUCGCGUCAGCCGCAGCAGCAGCAGGGCCGCGAGCAGCAGGAUCCGCCGCCAGUGCGCAUCCAGGACAUCAAGACGGAGAAUGGGGCGUGCACGCCGCCGCAGGCCGUGUCACCCGCUCUUGGUGCGGUGCCCAAAAUCGAGAGCCCCGACAGCAGCAGUAGUAGCAUGUCCAGCGGCAGCCCGGUAUCUUCAGCGCGCUCUGUGGGCCUGGACGGCGGUGGUGGCGGUGAGCAGCAUCACGCACACCACCAGCAGCAACAACAGCAGCAGCAACAACAGCAACAGCAGCAGCAGCAGCAGCAACAGCAGCACCCACACCACGGACACGCGCAGUUCAGCGUGGACAACAUCAUGACGUCGUUGCGCGGCUCGCCGCAGAGCGCCGGGGAGCUCACGCCGUCUCUCGCGGCCUCGGCGCGGACAGGCAUCAGCCCGUCACUGUCGCUGAACUAUUCGCCGAGCCAGGCGGCCGCGUACAGCUCGCCCUGCAACCAGAGCGCCGUCUCCACUACCUCACACGCCACCUACCACUGCAACAUGCAGGCGAUGAGCUUGUACGCGGCGGAGCGCGCCGGCACCACCGCCACCGCCGCCGGCGCCACCUCAGUGGACGAGACGUUGCCCGACUACUCGGUCACCACCACCGCCGCCUCGUCGUCCUCGCUGGGCGGCCACGCCGGUCAUCUCGGCUCUAGCCAAGAGGCACACCAUCAUCAUCCUCACUCGCACCAGGGCCGACUCGCUUCGUGGUACCUGAACCAGGCUGGAGACCUGGGCCACCUCGGCGCCACCUACCCGACCCAGCAGCAAAACUUUCACUCGGUGCGAGAAAUGUUCGAGUCGCAGCGGAUCGGCUUGAAUAACUCCCCGGUGAACGGGAAUAACAGCUGUCAGAUGUCCUUUCCUCCGAGCCAGUCCUUAUACCGCACAUCUGGAGCUUUUGUGUACGACUGCAGCAAGUUCUGACCAAAAGUUCCCCCUUUUUCUGUGCGAUAUUUAGUUCUUUUAAUGCCCACCUUCAUUUCCCUUAUUUUUUUCUUCCCCUUAUUACCUUCUUCUCGCCAUGGACUGAUCACACAUGGUGUUGGUUUUUUUUAUGGACAGUGUUACUGCAAAUAACACGUAAGUCUCAUUUUUCGCUUUUGCAAACAAUAUGUUUUGCUUUAAAAAAUUUAUAAUAAUACUCCAGCUUUUCCCGGACUUGUUAUUACGUGUAAAUUGCAUAUAGUAAUUUAUUUCUUGAAAUGUAACCGGAAUAUUAUGGACCAAACACCGUUUUGUUUCUAAAAAAAAAAAAAAAAAAAAAAAGAUCUGAAUUUCCUUUAACUGUGCAGAAAUGUUCCAUUAUAACACGAAGGGAACGAAAACGUUGUAUAUCGCAAUAUUCAUUCAAAUUAUCUCAUUUUGUUGGAGAAAAAAAAAGUAUUCUGAAGGAAAAAAUGCAUUCUUUGUUUAAUAAAUUACCAUUUUAUUUGAGGUAAAAAAAAAAA